AUGAGUGUGCGCCACCUGGGGGGGGCGUUGCGCUGGGUUGUGACCGAAUCACUCGAAGAGCGCCUCGAGGCAAUGCAGAAACGCCUGCAGGGGUGGGGCGUGGCGGCGACAGUUUGUGGCACCGAUGCGUCUUCGGGUGGCUUGCAGCCAUGCCGGAACGUUGGUGCGAAGAGGGACAUAAAUGGGGCAGUCGACUAUUUCCUCACGCCCCAAAACGGAAGCAAACCCUCCAGUUCCACGGAGGGCAGUGGUGGUUCAGAGGAGCAUGUGCUGCGCCGUCAACUGCGCGUGUUGGAGCAACUGUGCACCUUGAUUCUGGCCCGGAUGGGGGAAUGCCGUGGCGCCGGAGGGGAAAGCCGUCUUGGGGCACUUGAAGUAGAGUUGCAGGAGGCAACGGAGUUGAAGUCCGUUGUCUUCGACGGCCUCAAGGCGUGUUUGGCCGAAGAGGGCCGGGCAACGAGUGAGGUCAACACACUCUCCUCGGAGGGCACCUCGGAAGUUUCAGUGUCGGCUCCCGGCCUUCACACAGGGCCGUCAUUGUCGGCCCCCAACAACAAGGCGAGAGGCGACGCGCACUCAAGUGAAGCUAGAGCCCCAAGUGGGUGUGGUUCUCCCUGCUCAGUUGGCGGCGGCAUCCGACGUCGUGCGGCGUCGCUGGGGGAAUCUGACUCCCAAUUCACGCAUCUCUUCAUGGAGGCGGAGACGACGGGAAAAGUUGGUUCCACUGUGGUUGACGCCAAGAAGAAGAGGCGUUCUUCUUGUCACGCUUUACCAAGGCGUCCGCAAGCCGAUCCGGAACUUUUCCGUGUUUACGGCGUCUCUGUGGCACCGACACGCCCAAAAACAAACCGCCCUGCCACGGCUCAGCCCCCGCAAAACAAGUACAAUAGUGGCAGCGACUACAACCGGAACAUCGGUCACCGCGGAGACUCUGUGUUAAGAGAAGCGAACAGGUCCAAGGUGUCUAACAGGGGGGUUGAGUUGUUGGACGCACCAGCGUUUGGCGUUUCCGUCGUGGUGCGGCGCAUGGUGCGUCCCUCAAGGCAACCGAAGCAGCACGAGAGCUUUGCUCCCCCCGACGAAAUAAAUAGGAUUCACAUGAGGUGUCGACCGGCAUUGCGGGUACGAAGAGAUGUCAGGCCUGGCAAGCCGCAAAGCAUUGUCAGUGGAUUUCAGGAAGCAACUGAUGCUGCUGCAGAGGCAGUGGACGCAGCGAUGGCGGCAGCGGCGGUUUCAUGCUCUUCAGCACCACCAACGCCUCGUGGGCCUCAGACGCCGUGCACCUCCGUGUGCCAAAGUUCAACGUGUCGGCGGAGUAGCAUUAGUCGUUUUUCUCGUCAAACUGGCGAGGCGAGUAAAAAAGUGUGCGACAAAAACCCUGAGCGUGGUCCUCGAGGUUCCCUUUCUUUUCACCGUGACUCGGAGUUUGUACAGGCUUGCCGUGAAAAAGGAAACCGACAUAUGCAGUAUAAACAGUACGAGGCCGCAGUGAAGGCGUACAGUGAGGCAAUUGAGCAUGACCCUGAAAACGAUAUUAUUCGUUGUAAUCGGGCGGCAGCUUAUUUUCUUAUCAAUCAAUACACCCUCACGCUUAUGGAUUGCGAGGCUGUUUUGCGUCGUUCUCCCUCCAACUUCAAGGCGCAUUGGCGGGCAGCGAAGGCCCUUGUUUACACAAACAAUGUUCAAGGCGCAAUACGCCACUACCGUGUUGCGCGAGAAAUGUGCAUAAAUCCAGUAGAAGAGCGUGCAAUCGCUGAAGAAAUAAAAGCUGUGCGUGCUUAUGAGAUGUACUACGCCUACAUGAAGGAGUGCCGUUGGGUUGACAGUGUGUGUUGUGCGGAUCAGCUGCUUCGCGUAUUUGGCUCCACAGGAGUAGCUGGACUGCCGUGGCAUUGCCGCAGGUUAGAGGCCUUCCUGAAUUUGGACCCCUGGCGUGCGUUGGAUGAAAUUAAGCAGCUUCGCAAAGUUUAUGCCGAAUAUGCGGAGCUUCUCUUUCUUCAUGCAAAAUGUUUGUUUUACUGCGCACACGAUCCAACCUCAACCGGGGAGGUGCUGGGGCUUAUUCGCGCCGCUUGCCGCCAGAAGGAAGGUGAAGGUGGCUCUAAGGAUAGCCGUUAUAUUCAUCUCGAACGUACAGUGGCUGCCUUUGAGCGCCAUCGUGACCGGGGCAAUACGGCGUACGAAAACGGGGAUUGGGAAGAGGCGUACACGGCUUACACAAGAUGUCUCUCACUUGAUCCGCUCAAUAAGUCACUCAUUGCGGUCACUUAUUGUAACCGUGCCGCCACCUCUAUGCAGUGUGGCCGUUGGAACGAUGGUUUAAACGAUGUACAUCGUUCCAUUCAGAUCAAUGGAAACAAUGCCAAGGCUUACGCGCGUCGAGCUCGCAUCUACCUUCAUUUUAUGUAUAAAAAGGCCGGGAUGGGGGCAGCGUACCUUCAGUGUGCGAUUGAAGACCUUAGGAGGGCGGUGGAACUUGCGCCAACGGAGGAAAACCAACGCCACCUUGCCGAGGCAGUCAAAAUACAGCAGGAACGGGGAAGACAGUACCAGGAAUCCCACGACAGUGGCAAUAAUGACAGUGCCGGCGAGAGAGGGAAGAGCAAGGAGCCGGAUUGGUUCCGUUCCAAUCCUUCGAGCAGUAGGUCUGGCGGGCCGAGGCAAAAGACAGAGGAUCAAGGCGGAGGGAAAUCCAAUGCCGUCGCUUCAUUUAAUGCAAAGGUGCACUGUGCAAAAGUAUUGGGGUUGGAGAGCGUUACUGGAUUAGACGCUAGGUCACUUGCAAAGGCGUACCACGAGGCGGCGUUGCGAUGGCACCCUGACAAAUGGGUAGGGUCUGGCCCGAGAGAACAUCAAGCUGCUGAGCGGAAAUUCAAGGAAAUCAACAUGGCGUACCAAUUACUGAGGGAGACGAUGGCGCGUUGA